AUGAAAACGAUUAAAGCAGUGACUAUAGGUGAUGGUGCUGUCGGUAAGACAUGUCUUCUAAUUUCCUACACUACGAAUCAAUUUCCGGCCGAUUACGUCCCAACUGUUUUUGAUAACUACGCCGUCACUGUUAUGAUCGGUGAUGAACCAUAUACAUUGGGUCUUUUUGAUACUGCCGGUCAAGAAGAUUAUGAUAGACUAAGACCUCUAUCAUAUCCAUCCACAGAUGUCUUCUUGGUCUGUUUCAGUGUCAUUUCUCCACCUUCCUUUGAGAAUGUCAAAGAAAAAUGGUUCCCUGAGGUGCAUCACCAUUGUCCAGGUGUUCCAUGCUUAAUUGUUGGUACCCAAAUAGAUUUGAGAAGCGAUCCAAUAAUCAUUGAAAAGCUGCAAAGACAGAGGUUACGUCCAAUCUCCCCGGAACAAGGUGAAAGAUUAGCUAGAGAGUUAAAAGCUGUUAAAUAUGUAGAAUGUUCUGCCUUGACACAACGUGGUUUGAAAAACGUAUUUGACGAAGCAAUUGUCGCCGCAUUGGAACCUCCAGUUAUAAAGAAGAGCAAGAAAUGUACUAUUUUAUAG